CCCUAUCAUUAACCCAAUCAGAACCAAUUAACCAGCAGGACUAUGCGGACAUCAGUAUUUGUUACGAUUGCAUUGUUCCUGUCAGUAGCAGCAUCUAAUCCUCUGUCUACUGAGGAGGAUCCUCUAGAUAUCACAGAGGAGGUUAAAGAGAUCAACGAGGACGAUAAAAAGGCCCAAGAACAACAAGUACAAAAUCAGGACGCAGAGCGUUCUGAUGAAGUCUUUAAAGAUGAUGAUGAUGAACCUGGAGAAGAUCGGGAAUCCAAGAAGGGGGUUCCUGGAGGGAGCGGUAGAUUCGGAUCCACUCAUCAGUUCCAUCAUAGGCAUAGGGACCUUGGACAUCGGGUAGCUUUUAAGCAUCCAACCCGUGCGCAUAAUCAUGCUGUACGGCAUCCAAACAUUCGCCAGUCAAGAAGUGUUGAAGAAGCACAUGAUGCUGUGAAGAACAUACGGGAAGCAGAAUCAAGUUAUGGUGCCUUCAAAGCGACUCAUCGUUAUGGUCAUUUUCAUCAUCAAGAACAUCAUCCAGAGGCGUAUCGUGCAAGGUUCAACAAACCUCAAGUAACUCAUCAUCAUUACCAUCACCCACUCCCAGAGCUUCACAGACAGGCUCGUCAGGUUUCUAACUCUGAGAAUGAUGCUCUAGUUGAAGACACUCUUCCAGAAGCGUCCGAUGGAAAGGUGGCUAAUCCAAGCAUCGGUAUUCAUGAUGUUACUCAUCAAGCUUCCCAUUACCAUCAUGAUUUAGGCCAUCAGCUGCAUUACCAGCACCCCUUUCAUUUCAGGCCUAAACCUCUGCAUCACCGAUCCCGCUGCUCUGAAGACCAUGCUGAUCAAGGAGAACAGAUAACAGGCAAAGUUGAUCAAGAAGAACAGAUCGAAAAUGAUGCUGAUCAAGAAGAACAUAUCGAAGACGAUGUUAAUCAAGGAGAACGGAUUAAAGAUCAUGAUGGUCAAGGAGGACGGAUUACAAGAGAAGCUGUUUCAAGUCUUGGUGCAUUCAGAGCCACACAUCAGUAUCAUCAUCACCAUCAUAGAUUAUUCUAAAACAUGUUGAAAUUUUAAGAUUUAAUUUCAUUGCAUUUUCUUUAUUUAUAUAAUUAUGUUUUUCUUAUAAUGCAAUGCAAUUAACUAUUUUAGAGCAAAGUAUACGAAUUAACAACGAUCUAUUCGGUUUAAUAUUUAUUCAAGAAAUUAAAAAUAAGAUCAAAUAGGUAUUUUAUUUUAAAUUUUAUUUUAGAAUUUCGAGUACGACGUCAUUAUAAAUGCAUAUAAUAAUAAUGAUAGAUUGAAUUUAUAUUUUUACAGUAAAGAUUUAUUGUAAUAGAAACUUUUUCAAUGGAUGCUUUGUAAGCUUUUAACAAAAGUAAAAUUGUUUGUUUUGUAGUUUUUCAGUUUUAUUUGCAUUCUUUUCAAAAAACAUUAAAUAUUCUUUAAAUUUUGUCAUUCAAUCUUUGACUUUUAUUGCCUGCAUUAAAAUCAUUAAAGCCUGUUAUUUUAUUCCCGAGUAUUUUUGAAACUUUACAGUUGGGUAAAUAAAACAGCUGGCGUAGUUUUUUUUUCGUUUUUCAAGAUCAAACAUCUAAACAUUUUGAGAAUCUACAGAUAAUAAAAAAUAUCGUGCAUUUUCUUUCAUCACAAUUUAGAGCAUCUAUUCUGUCUAUCUUACGUAAUGUAACUCGCCCUGUAAAUUCAUCAAUCUAUUCAUUUUUAUAUCUUUUUUAUUAUUUUAAUCCAAAAAAAUCCGGGCUUGUCCGUAUAUUAACGGUUUGCAUGUGCUAUACAUAAAACCGUGUUAAAACUUAUUAUCCCUCCCCUCUCAUCCCUCCCCUCUCAUCCCUCAUUGUAGAUUUAGUCCUCCCUCAUCCUUUACUUCUUAACCCUUAUUAGUAUCCUGAUCCCCCCUCCACCCUUUUUUCUAUUUAAGUCAUGCAAUCGUAAAAAGUGUUCCACCCAUUUUGAAUUUUAUAUUUUGAAUUAUUCGGAUCUUUCGGAUGUACGGGCGCUUGGUAAAUUCAAAAUUGAAAGUAGCUAAAAGGGGUGAGGGAUGGGGUAGUAGUUCCAAAGUUAAAAGGAUUGGCAUCCUGCAUGGAAUAAUAGUUGAAAAGGGGGGGGGGGAGAACCAAAAUUGGGAGUAAAUCAUUUAAGAGGGAGGUAGUUGGGAUGAUAGGAUGAGGAUUGCGAAGUUAUAGUUUAAGAGAGUAUUGGUAAAGAAAAAUAGUCUGGAGAGUGGGAGAGGGUAGCAGUCGAAAGUUUAAAAGGUUGGGAUUUUGCCCUUCGAAAGUUGGGAACUUGGGAGUAGCUUAUUUACGAGGGUAGUUGUUGAGAAGAGAGACUUGAAAAUAAAGUUGGAUUGGGUUUGGAAGAAAGAACCAAACAGGAGAAAAAGAAGCAGAACU